AUGGUACAAUUACGAUCACAUCCACAAGUUUUUAAAGCAAUAAAGAUUUUUCAAUGGUUUAUGACUUUAACAAUUUUAAUUUUGGAAGUGUUGCAGUUUGUAGCCUACUGUCAGUAUCUCUCACAAAUCAAUAGCACUCUUCCAACAACUUCGUUUUUCUAUAGACAUUACGUUUACAGUGAUAUUUACAUUGGAGAAGUUAAAUAUUUCUUCUAUAUUGUAAUCUUUGCUACAUUGUUCGGACUUGGAUAUUAUUUAUCGCAAUUUCAUAAGCAAUGGGGGCAAGGUCCAAAUAUUAUGAUUGAUCUUAAUGAAGAAUCUCACGAUCAAUGCGUUUAUUUUUCCGUAUCACUUAUCAUGGGUUGGGUGAAUACAAUCGCAUUUUUAAUAACAACCAUUGUAUGUAAAAAAAUACAAUGGGAAAAAGUAAAAUGGGGUAAAGAAAGAUCAGGAUUCACUAAAGAACAACAAAAAGAAUUCUUUAAUCAAUCAGCUACCAAUUCUGAUAAAUUAAAUCAAACUAAUAAUGAUAGUAUUUCAAUUAAUUCUCGUCAAAUAACUACCCCUACUUCGUUAAAAACAACUCCAAAACCGUUAAAAAUUUCCCCAGAAAUCGCUAAUGUUAAUGGUGGUAAUAUGAAAAAUCAUCAUAGAAGGCAAGAAUCGGAGUUAUAUCCCGAAGAACCUUCAACUCCGGUAGUAUGCCAACAAUUAAUUCCUCAACAGCAUUAUCAUCCGGAUCAACGACAAGAAUAUGAUAUGGAUAUGGAACACUCUCAACAUCCUACAUAUUCCUAUCACCCGGAAAAUGAUCAAUACGAAGGAUAUCCUUAA